AUCAUUCUGAAAUCCUUCAUUCACUUCAUCCUUACCAGACCAAUCUCAAGAGAGAUCUUGUAAACUACUGUUGUCUUGCGCUCUGUUGCUCUUACAUUGAGUACCCCCCCGCUUCUCUCUCUCUCUCUCUCUCUCUCUACACUUCCCUUCCAUCGUGCCCCUCCGUACUCAUCUUCCCCGCCAUGUCUUUCUUCAUUGAGAACCCCAAUGUGGGUGAUCAGGCCAGUCUUGAAGAUUCGAGAAUUCGAGGAUACAAUCCUCUGACACCCCCAAACCUCCUCCAACAUGAGAUCGCCUUGACGGAGAGCUCUCGGAAAACGGUCAUGGAGGGCCGUGAGGAGGCCAUCGCUGUCGUUCACGGUACGGAUACCGACAAGCGUCGCCUGAUGGUCGUCAUCGGACCAUGCUCUAUCCACGACCCCGAAAUGGCCCUCGAGUAUUGCGACCGUCUGUUGAAGAUGAAGGAGAAAUACAAGGACGAGCUAUUGAUCGUCAUGCGAUCCUACCUGGAGAAGCCCCGUACUACCGUUGGCUGGAAGGGUCUCAUCAAUGAUCCAGACAUCGACAACAGCUUCAAGAUCAACAAGGGUUUGCGGACCUCCCGUCAGCUUUUCGUCGACCUGACCAACAAGGGAAUGCCCAUUGCGAGUGAGAUGCUGGAUACUAUCUCGCCUCAGUUCCUGGCCGACUGUCUCUCCGUCGGUGCCGUUGGUGCGCGCACCACCGAAUCGCAGGUCCACCGGGAAUUGGCCUCGGGUCUGUCCUUCCCCGUCGGAUUCAAGAAUGGUACCGACGGUUCUCUGGACGUCGCGGUGGAUGCCAUUGGGUCCGUGAAGCACCCUCACCACUUCCUUUCCGUCACUAAGCCGGGUGUCGUCGCUAUUGUUGGCACUGUCGGUAACCCCGACUGCUUCGUCAUCCUUCGCGGUGGAAAGAAGGGCCCCAACUACAACGCGCAGAGCAUUGCCGAGGCCAAGGCCAAGCUUACCUCGCAGGGGAUGGAGCCCCGUCUGAUGGUUGAUUGCAGCCACGGCAAUUCCGAGAAGAACCACAAGAACCAGCCCAAGGUGGCCGCCGCUCUUGCCGAGCAGAUUGCUGCCGGCGAGACCGCGAUCAUGGGUGUCAUGAUCGAGAGCAACAUCAACGAGGGUAAGUGUGAUUGACACCGGGAUAGAGGGGCAAUGAAUCAUAAGCUAACCCUCUUCUCUUCGUAGGCAACCAGAAGGUGCCGCCCGA